CCCCGCGGCGACGCCAGGCAGCUCCUCCUCGUCUCCGCCCCGCCGGCCGCGGCCGCGGGGGACGUCAGCGCUGCCAGCGUGGAUACCGCGGCGGGCCGCGGGAGGCGGAAGUAGCACUCGGCCCGCGGAGCCUCCAUCGGCCUCCGCCGGCCGCCUCAGCCAUGGACGCGUCCCUGGAGAAGAUAGCAGACCCUACAUUAGCUGAGAUGGGAAAAAACUUGAAAGAGGCCAUGAAGAUGCUAGAGGACAGUCAGAGAAGAACAGAGGAAGAAAAUGGAAAGAAAUCAUCAGGAGAUAUUCCGGGGCCACUCCAAGGCAGUGGACAAGACAUGGUGAGCCUCCUCCAGUUAGUUCAGAACCUGAUGCACGGAGAUGAAGACGAGGAGCCCCAGAGUGCCCGAAUCCAGAAUAUUGGAGAACAAGGUCAUAUAGCUUUGCUGGGGCAUAGUCUGGGAGCUUAUAUUUCAACCCUGGACAAAGAGAAGCUUAGAAAACUUACGACCAGGAUACUUUCAGACACUACAUUAUGGCUAUGCAGAAUUUUCAGGUAUGAAAAUGGCUGCGCCUAUUUCCACGAAGAAGAAAGAGAAGGACUUGCAAAGAUCUGCAGGCUUGCUAUUCAUUCUCGUUAUGAAGACUUCGUAGUGGAUGGUUUCAAUGUGUUAUAUAAUAAAAAACCUGUCAUAUAUCUUAGCGCUGCUGCUAGGCCUGGCCUGGGCCAGUACCUUUGUAAUCAGCUCGGGUUGCCCUUCCCCUGCUUGUGUCGUGUGCCAUGUAACACCAUGUUUGGAUCCCAGCAUCAGAUGGAUGUUGCCUUCCUGGAGAAACUGAUUAAAGAUGAUAUAGAACGAGGAAAACUGCCCCUGUUGCUUGUAGCAAAUGCUGGAACCGCGGCAGUAGGGCACACGGACAAGAUCGGACGUUUAAAAGAACUCUGUGAGCAGUAUGGCAUGUGGCUUCACGUGGAGGGUGUGAAUCUGGCAACCUUGGCUCUAGGUUAUGUCUCCUCAUCAGUGCUGGCUGCGACCAAAUGUGACAGCAUGACAUUGACUCCAGGUCCAUGGCUGGGCUUGCCGGCUGUCCCUGCGGUCACCCUUUAUAAACACGACGACCCAGCCUUGACUUUAGUUGCCGGUCUUACAUCAAACAAGCCAGCGGACAAACUCCGUGCCCUGCCGCUGUGGUUGUCUUUACAGUACUUGGGGCUUGAUGGGAUUGUGGAGAGGAUUAAGCACGCCUGCCAGCUGAGUCAGCGGUUACAAGAAAGUUUGAAGAAAGUGAACCACAUCAAAAUCCUGGUGGAAGAUGAGCUCAGUUCUCCAGUUGUGGUGUUCAGGUUUUUCCAGGAAUUACCAGGCUCAGAUCCAGUGCCCAGAACCGUCUCCGUGCCCAGCGCGGCACCUUCAGCAGUCGGCCGGGAAAGACACUGCUGUGACGCCCUGAAUCGCUGGCUGGGAGAGCAGCUCAAACAGCUGGUGCCCACGAGCGGCCUCACGGUCAUGGACCUGGAAGUGGAGGGCGUGUGCAUCCGGUUCAGCCCUUUGAUGACCGCGGCAGUUUUAGGCACGCGGGGGGAGGACGUGGAUCAGCUCGCGGCCUGCGUGCAGAGCAAGCUGCCGGUCCUGACCUGCACCCUGCAGCUGCGGGAGGAGUUCAAGCAGGAGGUGACAGCCACGGCAGGUCUCCUGCACGUCGAUGACCCGAACUGGCCUGGAAUAGGAGUUGUCAGGUACGAACAUGCUAACGAUGACAAGAGCAGUUUGAAAUUAGAUCCAGAAGGGGAAAAAAUCCAUGCUGCGCUCCUGAAAAAGUUAAAUGAACUGGAAUCCGACCUUACGUUUAAAAUGGGUCCUGAGUACAAAAGCAUGAAGAGCUGCAUCUACAUUGGCAUGGCGAGUGACGAUGUGGAUAUUUCAGAACUGGUAGAGACCAUUGCGGUCACAGCCCGAGAAAUUGAGGAGAACUCACGGCUUCUAGAAAACAUGACAGAGGUGGUUCGAAAAGGGAUCCAGGAAGCCCAGGUUCAGCUGCAGAAGGCAAACGAGGAGCGGCUUCUGGAAGAGGGGGUGCUGCGACAGAUCCCCGUCGUGGGGUCCGUGCUCAAUUGGUUUUCUCCGGUACAAGCUUCACAGAAGGGAAGAACCUUUAACUUAACAGCAGGCUCCCUGGAGUCCACGGAACACACCUAUGUCUACAAGGUACAAGGCACAGGCGUCACACCCCCGCAGACCCCCUCGGGCACGCGCACGAAGCAGAGACUUCCAGGCCAGAAGCCUUUCAGGAGGUCCCUGAGAGGUUCCGACGCUCUGAGCGAGACCAGCUCGGUCAGCCACAGUGAAGACCUGGAGAAGGCGGAGCAGCUGAGCGGCGCGCCCGAGCCCGACACCCCGGAGCCCGGCAGCCCCGAGCCCCCUCCCGGCCCUCGCGCCCCGCAGGACGCCGAGCAGACGGGUGCCCUCCGGAGCGGGGCCCAGCGCCCGGAAGACGACCGUCCGCAGGUAGAAGAACCGGAGAGCUUAAGAUAAAAGUCAGUGUUGGGCUUGGAGACUGUAGUAUCGUUUCAGGGAAGAAGUUCUACUGACAAUGUGAACCGUGCCACGUGCUAACGCGCGAGAAAGGACUGUUGUUUGUGCGGAGCUGGCGUUCUUGCACACAUCUGUGCCUGAAAGCCAGACUUCUUAGAAGGGCAGUUGAUUGUCUCAUUCCAUGGGUCUGUGGAGCAACUCCUGUCGUUUCUGUCUGCCCAGCUGUAGUUCGCACCGGUUUCCCCCGUUACGUAAACACUUUGAUUCACAACACUUAGCGCUCGAGUGCCCGCCCCUGGGAGCACUCGCGGAGGCCGCUUUCGUUAGAGCGCGCUGGGCUCGCGCCACCCGGCGGCGGGGACAGCGGGCCGGGCGGGCGCUCGGUUUGGUGGGGCCGCAGCGCUCGGUGGGUGUGGAUUCGGCUCGGAGGAGACGGAUUCAGUGGGAUAGUGAGCGAGCCUGAGCCCGGGCCUCCUGUGCCCGCUGCUGCUUCCCCGGGGCUGUGGGGGCCGGGAGCCCCCCGCCGCAGGUCAUGUCUCCCUUUAUGUACUAUUUGUAAACACAUUAAAGGACUAUCUAUGAAGAGUAACUGUAAAACUCUUGACCAUAUAUAUGUAUAUUUUUAAAUAUGGGUAAAGCUUUUAAAUUGGCACAUAGGUGCAGGCUGUGCUCAUUUCUACGUUUAAUAUCUGAAAACCUGAUAGAGAUGCUCCUCUUAACCAAUGUGAACUAAGUUCCAAUUCUAGAACAAGUAGAUCUUUGACCCGGUUGACAUGGGAGCUUCUGUGGCUUCUCCCCACUAGCAACUCACCUCUUUGGGCCCAGCUCAGAAACAAGAACCAGCGACGUCCCCUCGCUCGGGCUAGGCAAGCCAGACCACUGCGGAAAUAACUAGAAGUAAGCCCUUAAUUACUGCCCGUUUCUACUUCUCCAGAAUUACCGCGUCUCUUCAUUUAUCCUAGGUAACGGCCCCUGUGCCUUCAGUCCGGCCAAGUCAGGCUAUGGCCGCCUCAAGGUAGUGGGGAUUCACACUGGGCUUGUGGACUGUCCUGUUGGAAGCCUUAGUUACACCGUAUUAAGCCUAUAAUUAGACUCUGAUUGGAUGUGAUCUCUGACAUUUGGCACUUGUCAAUAUGUAAUUUUUUUUUUUUUUUUGGUGCAGAUGAUUAGUCUUCCCUGUUUAUUUGGUGCAAUGAAGUAUAGCAGAUAAAAUGGGGAAAGGGGAAAUUAUCACCUUUAACAAGAUUAAUUUUUAAACGUUUUUAUAUAUAUUUGGAAUUGUUAAAUUGGUUUUGCUGAAACAGAAUUUCACCCUUAAGACACUCUUUGAAUGUUGGUUUCAAUAAAGGUUCUUGAAAUUGUUA